UAGUGCGUGGUGAAUUUUUUUAGGAAGCUUAUGAAUGUAACGAUCUUUACCGGAGUACUGCACACAGCACAGGAUUUCUUCAGUUAUUUUGAGCCUGCUAGGGACCCAAUACACAAUACUAGAAAUGUCCAAGCGAGACAGAAGUGUGGCUUUUAAAGAGGAGGUAGAUAUUUCCGAGAAGAGUAGACGGACAGAUACUGAGCCGCGUAAGGAGGAAGGAAAGAGUUCAAGAUUCAAGGCCAAGCACAGUCUAGACAGUGAUGAGGAGGACGAACCUAAUCAGGUUGAGAAGGCGGGGCUUGGAGACGAGGACCUCGCUGCACAGGAGGAGGACACUGUGCGUUUUGAUGACGGUAUUGAAGUGACUCCAUUCAACAUGCAAGAUGAGCUAGAGGAAGGAACUUUCGAUGCUCACGGCAACUAUCAUCUUAAGAAGGACCCGGACAGUGUUCAGGACAGCUGGUUGGAGGGGGUAGACUGGGGCAGGGUUGAGGAGCAACGUGAAUGGAAGGAAAUGGGCGGAGCUCCAUCAGCGGAGGGAUCCUCUGAUGAGGAGGUGGACACUCUGGGGCUCUAUAAGCAAAUCAUAGAGUUGCUGAAACCUGGGGAGACUUUGACUAAGGCUGUGCGAAGACUGGGUGGUGCCAAGUCACAGCUGGCCAGUGACAGGUGGAGGAAGCAAAAGAAGAAAGAAGAGUCAGCGACAGAUCAACCAAUGGAACAGGAGUGUAGUCUGGACAAGGAGGGUUUGGAGAGACUAACGGGACUGGCUGACCAACUAGUGGCCUCAGGAGAUUAUUCGGUGUAUGAGAGCACUUACGAGCAAAUCAAGUACAACAUCACACAGAGAGAGAAAGCAAAAGAACCAGUAGACAUGUUUUCCGAAAUUCAGCCUCCUAAAGUGGGUGUGGCUUCAACAUCAGUGGGUGGAGCUUCAGACGAUGUCAAGUGGGAGUACAAGUGGACAAAUGAGGAUGAGAAAAUCCAUGGUCCCUUCACAAGUACUGAAAUGGCAGAGUGGCAAGAGCAAGGGUACUUUCCGGAUGGUGUGUUGGUACGAAAGGUUGGUGCUGACUCAGCACAAUUCUACUCAUCAAAGAGAAUAGACUUUGAACUUUACACAUAACUAUUACCUACAUGUAGAACAACACUUAUAAUAGUUUAUGUAAAUAAUUUUAUAUAUGACAUUGUUUAUUUAAUUAUCGUUGCACUGUUCAAA